AGCUCAGUGAACACCCAGUUGGUGACGGUUGUCUUCAAAGGGCACACCUUUUUGCCUUAUGAGAAGGAGAGAGGGUGGAGCUGGGCAGGCCUGAGCUGGAGGGGCUUCCUGGCUUCCCAGAGCCAGCCUGGAGCCCAACUGCCUUCAGUCAGAUGCUCUGAAGGACUUCAGCUUGCUCCUUGCCAUCCAGCACACACCGACGGUAACCAGAGGCCACCACCAUGACAAGGGACCAGAAUGGAACCUGGGAGAUGGAGAGUAAUGACAACUUUGAAGGCUACAUGAAGGCCCUGGAUAUUGAUUUUGCCACCCGCAAGAUCGCCAUCCAUCUGACUCAGACGAAGAUCAUUGAGCAAGAUGGUGAUAAGUUCAAGACGCAAACCAAGAGCACAUUCCGUAACUAUAAUGUGGAUUUCACAGUUGGGGUGGAGUUUGAAGAGCAUACAAAGGGCCUGGAUGACCGGAAAGUUAAGACUUUGGUCGUCUGGGAAGGCGAUGCCCUUGUGUGCGUGCAGAAGGGGGAAAAGGAGAACCGAGGCUGGAAGCAGUGGGUUGAGGGGGACAAGCUGUAUCUGGAGCUGACGUGCGGCGACCAGGUGUGCCGUCAAGUGUUCAAGAAGAAGUGACGGUGUGAGGAGGGCCUACUGAGCAUACACUCCAUGCUCCCUGUGAAGAGUUCUCUGCCAGCAUUGGGGAGCAGCCAUGGGGACCCUCCUGGUCCUGACAGAGCCCGUUAAGAUAUCUGGGCCUCUCCUGCUUCUGUGAUGGUCCACACUAUGUCUAUGGAGUUUGUUUCCUCCCUGAAUAAACCUUUUUUCUCUUUCAGUUUA